CCAUGACUUUUCAUGCAGGUUUAUUGUACUGCAUCAAGUUUUUCUUCAUAUAUUUUCUUCUUUCUUUCUUUUUUGUUUUUUGGUAAAUUUAUUUCCGAGCUGCAGGGAUGCAGCUGGAGCUUCUUUUCAAAGUCUUGGUGGUGGGGGACCUUGGUGUUGGGAAAACAUCUAUUAUCAAGCGGUUUGUCCAUCAGGUUUUCUCCCAGCACUACAGAGCGACCAUUGGUGUGGACUUUGCCCUUAAAGUUCUGCACUGGGACAAAGACACUGUGAUCCGGCUUCAACUGUGGGACAUAGCAGGACAGGAGAGGUAUGGGAACAUGACCCGUGUCUACUACAGGGAGGCAGUGGGAGCACUGGUGGUGUUUGAUGUGACAAGGGCCUCCACAUUUGAAGCAGUGUUAAAGUGGAAGGAUGACCUGGACUCUAAGUUGACUUUGAACCAUGGGAGACCAGUUCCUGCAGUACUUCUUGCCAACAAGUCAGACCAAAUAGCGUGCCAGCUCCCCAAACUGGACUCCUUCGGCAGAGAGAACGGGUUUGUAGGAUGGUUUGAGACUUCUGCAAAGGAAAAUACAAACAUCGAGGAGGCAGUCCGCUGUUUGGUGGAGCACAUCCUGAACAACGAGGAGUACCUGGUGACAGAGCGAGAACCCAACUCUAUACCUCUUUCUGAAUACGCAAGCAGCACAAGUCGUGAUUUGAACUGUUCUUCAUGUUUAAAAUGAUGGCUGCAGAGAGGAAGUCCUUCAAAAUAAAAGCCAAGAAGGACGAACUAAAAAGAAACUCCCUUUUACAGAUUAAGAGUGAAAUUAUAUGUUUUUAAAACUAUGCUCACACUGCAUAUCAUUGCAUAGCUUGUAGAAAUUCAGCACAAGCAUUAGGUUUUUAAUGUUUUUUUGUGUUGUUUAGUUGCCAUAGUUUUAGCUAUAAUUCAUGUUCUUCAUGUCAUAUGCUAUAUAUCACAAAGCCUUUUUUUGGCUUUCUACACAUAUUAAAUGUGAGCCUUUUCAUGUUGGGCAGAUAGAGUCUUCAUUUCAAAUAAAAUUGUCUGCCUAUCAAACAUUUGUGUCACUUUUUCACACAGUUUUCUGAUUUGUCACCAAGUUAAAAACAAUACUUUAAAGAACUAAAAUACCUUCUCUAAAAAUCCAUAUAAUUGUUCUUCUAGAUUGUGCUGAUAAAUUUGGCUGCACAUUGGAGUAACUCUCCUAUACUGAGUCUGAAAUUCUUUGUUUCCUGUGUUUGGA